GUUUGUUUACAUUUUUUGAGACGCCGUUGUCAACCAACACAAUUUAAUCAAACAUUGACCAAUGUUGUAUGAAACUGAGCAAUGAGUGGCACAAUUACAAUAUGCGCCUGACAAACUACAGAAGUAAUACGCGUUUGUAGCUUUAAUAUCACCUUUGAAAAAAAUAAAACAAGAUGAGGACUGUCCCGAAGUGGGUGAAUAAAAUUCACGAAGCCGACAAAGUAGAGUUUUCCAGCGUCCACACAAUAUGCUUCAGUCCGGACGGCAGCCAGCUUGUAGUAGGUGCAGGAGAGAAGGUGAUGGUCUAUGAUCCCAGAGAUGGAGCUCUUGUCCAGUUACUCCAGGCUCACAAAGGUGCAGUCCAUGUGGUGGCCUACUGUGGAGACGGCAAGAAGUUUGCUAGCGGUAGUGCCGAUAAAAAUGUUAUCAUUUGGACUUCCAAGAUGGAAGGCAUAUUGAAAUACUCGCACAGCGAACCAAUCCAGUGCCUUGCUUACAAUCCGGUGACAUUCCACUUGGCAUCAUGUGCUCUCACCGACUUUGCAUUCUGGUCUAUGGAUGUGAAAGCAGUGCAGAAGUUCCGGGUGCCGGGGCGGAUCACCAGCUGCGCUUGGUCUACUAAUGGCCAGUACUUAGCCGUGGGACUGGCUGUUGGCGCAGUUUCUAUUAGAGAUAAAAUGGGUGAUGAAAUAUAUCGCGUGACCCGUGAAGCUGCUGUGUGGGCGGUUGCCUUCUCGAAAUCAAUUCUGGUAGUCACUGACUGGAAUGAUACCCUGUCCUUCUAUAACACUCAGGGUCAACAGAUUCUGAAGGACCGAAAUAUAGGUAUAUCAGCACUAUCAGUGACGAUGCUUGGAGCCCUCGUGUUAGUCGGUGGCGUGGGCGGUUGGGCGGUGUUAACGUCGGAAGGGGUGCCAAUAUUGAGCACUCCUCAAGAGUGGGUAUGGGAUAUUGCUCCGUCACCUUCUUUUAAUAAUCUGGCGGUCGCCUGCCAAGACGGGACACUGUGGUGCUACCAAAUAGUGUUCAGCACAGUGCACGGUCUAUACCGUGAACGUUACGCGUACAGAGAGAAUAUGACCGAUGUCAUCAUUCAGCAUCUGACAACUGGGAACAAAGUGCGCAUCAAAUGCCAUGACAGGGUGCAGAAGAUUGCCAUUUAUAAGCAUCGGCUUGCGGUACAACUACCGGAACGCGUGGUAGUGUAUGAACAGGGUGAUGUCGAAGGCAUGCUAUACAGGGUGCGGGAGAAACUGCCGCAGAAGACUGAGUGCUCACUCCUAGUGGCUACCAGUGAUGCUCUACUUUUAUGUCAGGAUACGAAACUUUCAAUAAUAGGACGAUCCAUACCUAAAUCGUGGACAGUGCCAGCGCCGAUACGCUAUGUCAAGGUGACCACGCUUUACUUCGAAGAAGUUCUGCUGCUGGGACUCAUGAAUGGACAGAUCUGGCAAGUUGAGCCUCACCAUGGCAGCGCUAAGAUGGUGCUUCACACUCCAGCUUCCGUCCGUUGUUUGGACGUGAGCGCAUCCCGGGCCUACCUUGCCGUGGUCGACGAGUCCUCAGUCUGCAGGGUCUAUAAUUUAUCGACUGGUGAAUUGCUGUUUACCGAGGAGAACAUAUCAUCAGUUUCAUGGAACUCGUGGUGUGAUGAGCUGCUAAGCCUGUCGGGAGGUGGCUUGCUGUCUAUCAAGGCAUGUCAUUUUCCACCAGCUACACAACCUCUAGCUGGCUCCGUGGUAGGGUUCCAGGGUGGUCGAGUGUUCUGCUUGCAAGCGAAUUCGAUGCAAACUAUCAACGUGCCAUUAUCACACGCCGUGCAUCAAUACAUACACCAUAAGAUGUUCAACGAGGCGUAUUCAGUAGCGUGCCUGGGUGUGACGUCACUGGACUGGGAGAGGCUCGGCGUGGCUGCUUUAGAAGAACUGUCCUUUGAAAUCGCGAGGAAAGCCUUCCAGAGAAGCGAGAACAUCGUGUUCCUAAAUCUUAUUGAUCAUUUGCAGGAACGAUUUGAAGCCGGUGAGAAAAGGGCAGUCGUGCUAGGUGAAGUAUUAGCAUACCGCGGAAGAUACGCCGAUGCCGCGCGGUCUUUCAAAAGCGUUGGUCGUGAUGAGAGGGCACUGAAUUUGUACGUGGACCUUAGAAUGUUCAAUAAAGCUCAGGAAUACGUAGGCGAGGGUGAAGGCCUAGCAGCUCUAGCCCGGCGUCGUGCUGAAUGGGCGAGACACGUGAACGAACCCCGCGCCGCCGCAGAAAUGUACCUCGCGGCUGGCGACGUGAAACGCGCUGCUGAACUCAUGGCCGAAACUGGGAGGAGGGAUAUGCUAAUAGAGCUAGCACGUAAGCUGGACAAGGGAUCAAGCGGUUCGCUUCGCUACGUGGCCGAGGCGUUAGUGAAGGCGGGCGAGCCAGCAACUGCUGCUGACGUGUAUCAACGACUUGGAGAUUAUAUUAAAGUAGCACAAUUAGCAGUGGCGGCGGGCGAAUGGUCGCGCGCGUUCAAUCUAGCGCGAGAACAUGCCGAGUGUAAGCGGGAGGUCUAUCUACCGUAUGCGCAUCGAAUGGCACAAGAGAACAGAUUCGUUGAUGCUCAGAAAGCAUACCACAUGGCAGGAGAGACUGCAACAGCGAUGCGAGUGUUCACCAUACUAGUGGGCAACGCGGUCGCCGAAGAGCGCUUCUGUGACGCAGGGUACCUACACCAUCUGCUGGCUUCGCAAUACCUUGAUACUGCUGCAGCUGCUACUACUGAUAAGGACCGCAACACAGCGCUCCGUGACUACAGGAACAACGAUCGGUUAGCCCGCAUCUACCACGCGUACGACGUUGUUCACCGGUGCGUCAACGAGCCGUUCUCUCUGAGCCAGCCCGAGGCGUUGCUCAAUGCCGCUCGGUAUAUACUCGCACUGAUUGAUACCGAGCCGCCGAGUGGAGUUUCUAUGUUUUGUAUAUACUUAUGUCUAUCGAAACAAGCUAAGGUAUUGAACGCAAAUACGCUCGCUCGUCAGAUGUUAGACAAAAUACUUGGAUUGCAGAUACCACAUAAGUUUCAAGAAAGCGUAGAACUGCUAAUACUGAAGACCCGCGCUAGCACAGGGGUUGAGUCUCGUGAUGAUGAAGUGGCGCCACUGUGCUGGCGGUGUCGGCGACACGCGCCGCCGCUGUGUGCGUCGCGCUGUCCUUACUGCAGGCACGCGUUAGCGCACUCGCUCGCGACACACGAAGUGCUACCCCUCGUACAAUUCGAGCCUGCCGAGGGUAUAACGUACGAAGAAGCGCUCGAUCUCAUAGAACGCGCUCCGCUGCCCGAGUCGACGGACACAGAGAGCUCGGACGGCGCUGAGAUAUUGAGGAUAGACAGGGACGUUGAUGGCAGCGAUCCUUUCUUAGAUAAGGUUGAGGAGGACGACGACCUAGGCGUGGUUGUAUGCAGUCGCGGUGCGUUGCUGCAGCUGAGCCCAGCCAGCGUGGUGGUGAUCCAACGGCCGCCGCUGUCGCCACUGCUGUACCGCAACAUGCUGCCAGAACUGCCUGCCACCGCCUGCCAGCACUGCCACAAUCUAUUCUACCUCGAAGACUUUGAGAUCCAGGUGGUGACAAAAGGCCACUGUCCGUUCUGCCGUCACCCAGCAGAACAGCCCCGAGGUGAUGAAGAGGAAACUGAGGACUCGCUUCUAAACGACUCCAGUCUCACCCCCACUAGUCCUAGCAACGACCGCAGUUCUUGGUGAUAAGUACCUGCAUACUUCGAGAACAUUCCACCGUAAGGAUUUUGUACUAUGAACAAACUGUAUUAAGUAGAUGUUUGAACAGUUUAUGUAGUAGCUAGUGAAGAAAUACAUAUACACAAGUCUGUUGCAUACCUGGUGAAAAGAAUUGAGGUGAUGAAAAAGAAACUUAGGACUCGCUUCUAAACGAUUUCAGUCUUACACCAACGAGUUCUGAUAACGACCGCGAUUCCUGGUGAUAGGUACUUGCUUCCUUCGAGAACUUUCCUUCGUAUUGUAUGUUCUACAAAGAACUUUGUUCUUCGAAGAUUGAACAAUCUGUUUUAAAUUGUAGAUGUUUUUAAUUGUUAAUUUAGUUACUAGUGACGGUAGACUUGUGCGUUUUGUCGAAUACUUGGUGAGGAGUUACGAGGCCCUUAUAAUGACUACAGUUUUUGGUAGAUAAUGGCUAGCUUAUAUUCAACUUCCAAUUUUGUAACAUGAAAAUUGAAAUAUAGAAAUAGUAGUUGUCUGAUAGUUACAGCAUGUUUUUCUUACUACACGUAAGGACGUAAAAUUAGGCGUUCCUCCAGUUAAAUUGUACCUACAAAUGUCUUAGCCAACUGGUUGACAGAACGACGACUGUAGCAAUAAAUGUAUCCGCAACACAUCCCGACUGUUAUAGUUGAAGAACUUUAGGUAAACCACUGUGAACUUGACUCUUCUGGUGGUGUGAUGUACAAGCCACCAGGAGAGCCAAGUUUAAGGUGGUUUCCUAAACAAAAUAUCGACGGUCUCCACGUAAAUCAUCGUAAGGUCCGAGUCACACCGGAAUAGCAGCGGCCGGCAGAGACGCGGCGACCACUUCACUGUGAAAACAUUUUAAACUUUCAUCUUAAAAAACCUGUGUCGCUUGAAAAGCUUGAAAAGGUCACAAGACCGCCUGCGGCGCCGAUUAUUUCACACUACAAGUAUUCGCCGCGUCACUGCCAUUUCGGUGUGACUCGGGCCAAACUGCAAAACCUCUACUUUACAGGAGAGCAAUUUGAAGUUUCAAUUUUUUUUUUUUUCUGAAAGUUGUAAUGAAAUAUUUAUUGUGAUAUAAGAAAUAUUGACUGUUUUAUAGUAUCUACUAAAGUUUCCAAUAAUUGUUAUAGUUUUUUAAUUUAGCACAUUCGAUACUUUACUUGGUUACCGCUGGUAAUUUUUAAUCGUAUAUGCCAGCUUCGAUAUUGUUCUAUGACAAAAUGUUCAAGUUGACCAUCGAACGUUAUAAGUUUUUCUAGUAAGGUUGUGAUCGGCCCUACCAACUUUAAAUUGGUUUUAUUGCAGUCCAAAGUACUAAUACUCCUCUAAAUUGUGUUUAUUUGUGAGAAAGGGAUAUUUUAAACCGCGCGAGUACAAUAUGCAAACAGUAGAACGGUUCACACGAAAAAUACCGAAACUCUCAACAUUGCCAUCCAUCAUCAGCAUAGACCAUUUAGUACAGGUGACAUUUUCCCCAAAUGUGCAGAGUUUUCCAAAAGCACAGAAAGGUAAAUUAAUUAGUUAUUAAAACUGCAUUAUCAGUUUCCUUAAACCACAUCGAAAACUGUUCAAAACGCAGACAAAGUUUCUACUAAGAAUUUAUCCAGAACAAUGUUAACCUAAUUUCCUAGCAAUUCUCCAAAAUUCAAAUUUAGAAUACACUUUUGCGCAUGCUUGGCCAAUAACUUACUCCGGUCAUUAAAACGUAUGUAACGUUGAAACAUAUAAAAACUCGUUAAAACCAAAAUUUUGCAUACGUGGCCGCUUUUCUUUACAAAAGAGCUUAGCUGUACGAAUGAUUUUUUUCAUAAUUCCUAUAUAGAAUUAUAGAUCUUUAUCUACUUACCACUAGAACAAAGGAAAAUGCAAUUUUUGCAGUUUCGAUGAUUUACCCAGGGGCCGUCGAUAUCGUACAUGUUGCUGUCGAAAUUUGUUUGUUAUACAGGGUACUAAAAUACCCGUAAAGCGAAAAGUGUAUGCUAUAAAACAUAAUUUCACUUUUCUGAUCUCUUCACCGCUCUCUAUUACUUGUACGUAUUACGUUAAGCUUCUCUCUACGUGUGUCCACACGUAGAGAAGCUUAACUUGCAUCCAGUAUCAGUAAUUUCAAUGCUCUGAUUUGAAAGAUUACAAACCAAAAUCUUUCGCUGUCACUCCUCACCGAUCCUAAUUGCUGCCAGCUACCUAAUUGCUGCCAGCUACCAUUAGUUGCUACCAAUUGCUACCCUCGUAAAUAAAUAAACAUUCAUAUACGAAGAUAGCUAGCACAAUAUUUUAAUUUAUUUGUAGCUAAUUGCAUACAUCAUUCCAUAAAAAUAAAAACUUUAAUUGUUUUGCAGUUAAAGUAUCAAAAAAGAUUAACAAAUACUAUUUACAUCAUUCACUGAUGUACAAUUUUUAUUGAGGAGAUAAAAGCUCUUAAUUUCGAGAAUCCAGAGCGAUUGGAAGAGCUGCUAUAUUAAUUAGCAGACGUUCACUUUGAUAAUUGGUUUUCACCACCUUGCCUUAUCCUUUUACAACCACAGUAACAACUCAAUAAUUAUUCGCGAAAUGACUUUAAUAGUCCAAGCUGGUACACCCGCCUUACCUGUAAAAAGUGUCAUGAAUAUAUUUUACAAAUGAUUUUUUGAUGACUACUUAAAAUAAGAUUAAUUUUACAAUAAGAUAGUUUUUAAUUUUUAUUUUAAGUGUAGACACUUUUUUGUUUUGAUCGUAAUUAAUCUGUCUGGUUCGUUUGUUCUUAUUUUAAAAUGUUCGUAAUGCUGGCACAAAUGUAUAUUUUUUAAAUAAAACUAAAAAGUUACCUUUCGAAAUGAGGGCCAAUGAAUGAGAUAGUAAGCCAUUUGCAUUUGUAUUAACUAGAAGUAAUAUUUUAAUGUACGAAUUUUACACGGCCAAUAUGAUGAAUAUUCCGUCCUUGUAUAAAUAAGGUGUAGAUUGAAUAAGUUUCGAUAUGAUGUAACAAAAUAUCAAAUGCCUGUAUUAAUGAUAAUAUCUAUGCAGUAAGUAGGGCUAAGGCCUUUUAUACCGAAGUAACAAGCAGGCUUUAAUUUUGAUUAAGUCCAUGUUUUCUGAACAAUAUUUGAAAGGUUUCCUGAAAAGCCUAGAAAGUUUUACAUUAUAAACAUAUACUUAGUUUCAUCAAUCAAGUGCAGUAAGCACAGUGUGUAUAACGCACCUAAUAAUUAUUUCUAUUGAAAGUAUUGUAAGUAUUAUAAUUAGGUAUAACUUUAGGGAUGUUACCACUGAUAAAUAAUUUUAAAAUUCCCACCAAAAUUAGUACAAAAAUUAAAUUGUUAGUAGAAUUGGCAUGUAAUGAAGUCACGAAUUUUAUUGGAAAAGGCAAAAAUGUAUCAAUAAGUUUUUAAUAACCACAUUUGUUGCAGUAUUUUUAUUUGUCGGACUGGAAUUGAAUUUUUAAAUUAUAUUUAAUAAGAAAAUAAGCUGUUAAAUAUACUUGCAUUUCUGUAACUGAAUGGAAAACAUUUGUGAUAAAAGCGACCGUCCCAACGACUGUUUAAUAAAUGUAAAUACAAAA